GUGUGCAACAACCCGUCGCAGAGCACAGAUUCAGUCACUCACUCACGAGCACUGGAGGAGCUUCCUGCUCCGAAGGGAACCGAAUUUUCCAUCAGUUGUACUCUGGACUCGGUGAGGAUAUCAAGCAAAUCUGGUGAUAGUGGCGCUAAGUGGAAAUUUGAUGCUCUGUGAGCAACAACUGGCAUUAAGUGAGAUUUGUAUGGGGGGAGUGUGUGGUGUAAUGUAAGAACCUGUGACCGUCACGGAUGGAGCAACACAGCAAGAGCUCCGAGGCUCUUUGAUGUGCAAAUCUCCGGUAUUGCAUUAGAACUGUAGCGGGAAAGGCUGGAGGUGGUCUCAGCAGGCGGAGAUUGCUAAUCAAAGUGGAAGAGGACUGCUGCAGGAAUUUUCACUUUGUCGGAGAAGAAAAGGGCAAUCGAGAAUAUGCUGCCAUGGUUGCUGCGAUUGAGUGAAUUGUGAAGGGAAAUUGGAUGCCAUUUCCCAGGCUACUGGGAUGCGGGAAAAGAGCAAAGUGCACCGCAGGAAGUGAUUAAUCAACCGUAUGUAAAUGUAAUUAUUCCGAGAAGAGGCCACUCAGUGGAUAAUCGCGGUAUGGCAAAGGUGGUGCAAGGAGUGUAAGACGACGAAGGAGGAUCAGAAGAAAAAAAAAACGGAGGCAAGUGGCCUUGAGCUGCCAGCCAGGUGGAAUGUCUUAGUCGUGUGCGAAGGCUUUUAAUUAGAUUUGGAUUACUGACUUGUACGGGUGGUUUGUCGGGCUGAGAAAAGAACAGUGAAGAAGCCACUCGUUUCAGCAGCCCUCCGUUACAUUUGCCAAUUAAGCUUCCUUCCUUCCUUUUUCAUGCUCGGCAGCUGAAUGGCUUUUUCGCUGCUGGAUCCCUGCUGAAGUGAAGUGGGUGGCCAAAGGCAAUUUCUCAGUGUGUCGUGACGAGCUCGAAGUGUUGAAUUUCACAGGCCAUAACGCAGACAAGUGUCCAGGCGAAAUUUCCUGCUCGCGUGAAAGACGACAAUAAUAGUCGAAAAAAAAGUGUUUGGAGAGUGUGUGACUCGAUAACAAGAAAGUUACAUAAAGCCAUAAUACGUCGUAAAAGUACGGGAAAAGGAUAAUUCGGCUGUUUAACAGGAGGCAGUCAACUCACGAAUUCCAGAGGAUUCGGAGCACGAACGGUGUGGUGACGACAGACGGUGCUUCCAAACGGCAGGAAAAUGAUCCAAAUUGAGAGUUAUCGUCAUCAUCAUCAUCAGCAGCAACAACAACAGCAGCAGCAUUGUCAUCGAGGACUACCAAACGGUCACUAGGACCAAGCCCAGCAACCAUGACGACCGCCCAGCAGUCACCAUCAGAGGCGGCAUUUGCCACGAAGAAUAGUGAGCCUGCUGCGAUCCAUUUAGGGCACCACCUCAAAAGCUAGGAGGACAUCGGCCUUGUGUGUUAUAUUGUCCGACCGCCGUCGCUAAAAGCCGUGGAAACUCAACACCAUUUUCAAACCCGACGAACGACAGUUCGGAAAGAGCCCAGCCGCAGCAGAGAAGUGUUGCAAGCAAUUGACACAAAACUGGGAACCGCAGGAGCGUGUGUGGGAGUAAAGAGACACGUACAAGAAGCACAGUAGGCAGCGAAAUAAAGCGUAUAGAACAAAGCACUUUAUCCGACUCCCGUCCAGGAGGUGGGGUUAAGGAGGGGGAGGGGCUUCUGCCAAACGCCUACUUGUCCUUGUUGUUUUAGAACGGAGAAAGGACUCCAAAAAGGAAAAGCUUCACCAUGUUGAUAAAGGAGUAUCGGAUACCGCUGCCGCUGACGGUGGAGGAGUAUCGAAUAGCGCAGCUCUACAUGAUAGCGAAAAAAAGCCGCGAAGAAAGCAAAGGCGCCGGAAGUGGGGUGGAAAUCAUCGUCAACGAACCGUACCAGGACGGCCCCGGCGGCAAAGGGGGUCAAUACACGCGGAAAAUCUAUCACGUGGGCAGUCACCUGCCGGGUUGGAUCAAGGGUCUGCUUCCGAAGAGUGCCCUCACCGUCGAGGAGGAAGCAUGGAACGCCUAUCCGUACACGAAAACCCGUUACACCUGCCCGUUUGUGGAGAAGUUUUCGCUCGAGAUCGAAACGUACUAUUUUGGCGAUAACGGCCAUCAGGAGAACGUGUUCAAGCUUAGCGGAAGUGACUUGCGGAACCGCCUGGUGGACACCAUCGAUAUUGUCAAGGAUCAGCUCUAUGGAGCGGAUUACACCAAAGAAGAGGACCCCACGCUGUACUGCUCGGAGAAAACCGGCAGGGGUCCGCUGGGGGAGAAUUGGCUGGCCGAGUACUGGGAUGAGGUCCGGGACAAAAGUCAACCGACGGCGCGGAAUAUGUCACUGAUGUGUGCCUACAAGCUGUGUCGGGUCGAGUUCCGGUACUGGGGUAUGCAGACGAAGCUGGAGAAGUUUAUCCACGAUGUGGCGCUGCGGAAAACGAUGGUCCGGGCUCAUCGGCAGGCGUGGGCCUGGCAGGACGAAUGGUACGGAUUGACCAUGGACGAUAUUCGAGAGAUCGAGCGGCAAACGCAGCUCGCCCUGCAGAAGAAGAUGGGCAAUGAGGACGAUGAGGAUGAAGAUCCCAGCGCGUCGGAAAACAACAGCCGUCAAUCGAACCAGUUCAAUUCGAUCGAGAAAACCGAAGAGAACUCCACCCCUCAGGUGAUGAAGAAACCGACAAUGGCGCCACCUUCGCCACCGAUACAACCGAAGCAUGUAUCGAUGCAACAGUAUGGCCAGGUUCCGAUCCUGCAGCAACCGCCCAAGGUUAAGAAGCAUGCCGUGGUGGUGACGACCUCCACAGGGGACAGUUCCGACGAGGAGGAUGAAGACGAAGACGAGGACGAGGAAGACGAAGACGAAGAGGAGGCAGCAAAUCUGAACAGCCAGCAGAGCAAUCACCUGAGCAGUGGGGGCGGUGGAGCGCCGAAACACUUUGCGGGAUCGAAGGGACAGCUGCACUCGCCGCUGGGAUCGGCGCAUAGCUUCGAUCUGCAGAUUGCAAACAACCACCUCCACCAAAAUCACCACACAGUAGUCCAAAAGAAUGUUGCCAACUGGCGAAUGGAGAAGCUGGAAGUGGACUCCAAAUCCGGUUCCGAAGAGGAGUUCUUCGAUUGUUUAGCACGUGGUGACAUGGGCGAGCACGCAUCUCUGGCCAAGUGGAGUUCGCUGGAGCUGCUCGCCGAAGAGGACGACAGUCCUCCGAUUCCCAGCGCGUCCAAGCACCAGGAGGACUCCAUCUUCAGUCAUAGUUACCUGCAGCGGGUCGCCUCAGAGCGAGGUAGCCGCCGGCCAACGCUAGGCGCCUCGUCCAGUAUAGACCGUGGCAAUGGAACGGGAGAUUCACCACCGGGAUCACCAGGUCUUCCGUCCUGUCCGACGACCGUCCUUGUGCUCAUCAUGCACGCCGGCAGUGUUCUGGACGCCAACUCGGACAUGACGGCAAAAAAGUCCGACGUGACGACCUUCCGAGGGGCGUUCGAAUCGGUGAUGCGACAGCACUACCCCUCGCUAGUGGGUCACGUGGCGAUUCGGCUGGUUCCGUGUCCGUCCGUGUGCACCGACGCUUUGGGCAUUCUGUCCAGUCUCAGUCCGUAUUCGUUCGACGCUUCGCCUUCGACGGCCGACAUUCCCACCCUUACCGACAUCCCGAUCGGAGCCAUUCCACUGCUGACGACCUGUUCGCCAGAUUUCCAGGACGCCGUCAACCGCUCGGUUGCGAGUGCCAACAUGGUCUACGCGGAAUUCUUGAAGACCGACGAAGGAAAGGGCUUCAACGGACAGGUUGCGCUGAUCGGGGACUCCAUGGGCGGCGUACUGGCGCACGAUGCCCUGUGUAGAGUCAAUGCCCGACAUGGAAGCGAAGCUUCCGGACUAGAUCACAUCGUUGACUUCAUGGAAGUCAAUGAUCUGGACGUGAACAAGCUGCUAACGGCUCCUUCUCCGCGAAGAAGAUCCUCCUCCACCAGCGAUUCGCGUCUUCCCAAAUUCGACUUCGAGGUCGGCGACUUCUUCAUGUUCGGAAGCCCGCUAGCCGUCAUCUUGGCAGCUCGUCGCCUAGGCGAUUCCCGUAGCGGAACCAACAAACCUUCCUGUUCACAGAUCUACAAUCUGUUCCAUCCGACUGACCCGACGGCAUCCCGCCUGGAACCUCUGCUGAGCGCUCGCUUCUCAAUGCUGGCUCCUGUGAACGUCCCUCGGUACGCCAAGUACCCGCUCGGAAACGGUCAACCCUACCACCUACUGGAACUGAUCCAGUCCAGUCCGCAGAUCUUCAGCGAUGGCCCACCACCGCGACGCCUCUCAGACACUUCCAUCCAGAGCACCAUCUCCGGAAUGAUCGACAACGUCCCGCUGACCACGAUCAACCAACUCCAGCAGCGCUGGUGGGGAUCGAAACGCCUCGACUACGCUCUCUAUUGCCCAGAGGGCCUCAGCAACUUCCCGGCGCACGCUUUGCCGCAUCUCUUCCACGCCAGCUACUGGGAGUCUAGCGACGUGAUCGCCUUCAUCCUACGCCAGAUCGGUCGCUUCGACAAUCUGACCCUCGUCGGAUCGGACGACAAGGAGAUAUCGUCCUUCCGGCCGGCGCAAGCUCGCGAAAAAUGGAACAAGAAACGAACCUCCGUCAAGCUGAAAAACGUGACGGCCAACCAUCGGGCCAACGACGUGAUCGUGAAGGACGGCGAAGCGCAGAAGAUGGUGGCCCGGUUUAUGUACGGACCGCUGGACAUGAUCACCUUGGCCGGCGAGAAGGUCGACGUCCACAUCAUGAAGGAUCCCCCGGGAGGUGAGUGGACUCUCAUGGCGACGGAGACCACCGACAAAAACGGACGCAUCACCUACGUCGUACCGGAGGAACGCUCCCUGGGCUACGGAAUCUAUCCGGUGAAAAUGGUUGUGCGAGGUGAUCACACCUCGGUUGACUUCUACCUUGCAGUAGUUCCCCCGCGAACAGAAUGCGUGGUGUUCAGCAUAGACGGGUCAUUCACGGCAUCCGUUUCGGUCACAGGGAAGGAUCCUAAGGUCCGGGCCGGCGCCGUUGAUGUUUGCCGGCAUUGGCAAGAACUGGGCUAUCUAUUGAUCUACAUUACCGGUCGACCGGAUAUGCAACAACAGAGGGUCAUGUCCUGGUUGAGUCAGCAUAACUUCCCUCACGGAUUGGUGUCCUUUGCCGAUGGGCUGUCUACGGAUCCCCUGGGUCACAAAGCGGCCUAUUUGAAUAACCUGAUUCAAAACCACGGCCUGGUCGUGCACAUCGCUUAUGGCAGCAGCAAAGACAUCAGUGUCUACACCAACAUUGGACUGAAACCCAAGCAGAUCUUCAUCGUCGGGAAGGUGAGCAAAAAGCUCCAACCUCUGGCGACCCCCCUAACCGAAGGUUACGCCUCCCACCUAGCAUCGCUGAUCACCCCGGGAGGAUCGCGUCCCGCCCAGGGCAACGCCCGCAUGGUGAUCCCACGGGGCUGCUUCAAUCUACCGGGCCAGAAUCAAUCCAUUCGCAGGCGAAGCAAUGAGGCGGGAAUGUCCUCUCCGGCUCGCAGCGGAUUCCUCAAGCGGAAGACAUAUCUACACUAAGGAGGAGGGAGUGCGCGGUGGGAGAGCCAACUUCUACGACCUUUGCUUUGCGAGCUCGGUUUCGGGACUUCCUACUGUUUGAACAACUAUAUAAGCUGUGCGGAUUCGUUGAUUGAAGCUGUGAGGAAGCAAUACUGGGAACUAUGGUUGGAUUCUGUCACUUGGUACCUGGCUCAAAGAAGACUGUCUCUUACGUGUUGUAAGAACGAUGUAACCGUUCAUGAAACGUGUAAACACUAUAAAUCCAAUCGUAAGCGAAAGAAGAGGAUGACUUAGAACAAAACAAAUGCAGCGAAGGAGAGCAACCACAAAAAAAAAACUUUGAAGCGUUGAAGAUGUAAAAACGCCCAAUACUAACUACACCACUUGUAGUAAUCUCGUUGGCUAAGUAUUAACAUAUUAUAGGUAGAAGUGCAUGGUAGUUGUGUUGAAAAAUCCGUGUACGGAACUGGGCGGGACGAAAGUCUGCGAGAAGCAAUUUAUAUCAAGUUCAAAAAACUGUCGUAAGAAAGUCCAGAACCCCGUUCAAUAUCAAAAUUUAAGAAGUUACAGACUGUGUGUCGAUGUGAAUGUUGACGUCCUCUCUCCCGUUAGACUAAGGACACUCUAUUUAGAAGCAGAGAGGAAGUGAAACCACUAGAUGUUUGUUGAUAUUUUAGACACGUACUACACUACCAAAGGGGAUAUGGGGAAUUUUGAGGGAAUCUCAAUUCAAUGUUAGUGUUUAAAAUGGGGGAAGAACUGUAGAUGAAAAUGUUAGCAUUUAGGGCAAGAUGUGACGGGAAUGGGCAAACCAUAUAUUCUAAAGAGACAUUUGUUACACUCUUAUACAUUACGAUAUAUAAAUCAAGUUAUUACGGUUGUUGAUUAUUUCGAAGAGGAAAAGUAUUAUAGGCGUCAGGUGGAAGUCAUACUCACGCAUGCAUUUCCCAAUUUUAGGGCAUUGUUUCAAUUCGUUAUCUAGUUAUCUUUAAAAUCGAACCUAACCGUUUGGCAUGAUUUUAUCAAACUCAAGUCGAUAUUAUUACUACGAGAGAAUCUCAUUGUUCGAAUUUAUCUUACCUAGGUCAAGGGAUCACCAAACUUUAAGUUUGAGUAAACACUAGUCCCCCAAUCUCCCCCCAAAAACCAAUAAAUCUACCGAGAGCUUUCGAUGUCACCAUUCGUUAGCCGCACAUCUGCCAAAGCAAGCUAAACAAAAUCCAUGACGAUCGUGCUGUGCAUUCUUCCCAAAAUCAAACUCAAAAAGUCAUCAUUUGUCACACAGAAAAAAAAGUAGCAGUAAUCUCAAAACAAUGCUGAAAUGGACAAUCCUAGUAGGAUCGAAGCAAAUUUAUGGAAACUAAGAAGCAAAAACAUAGAAAAAAAACAUUUGUAACAAACAUUGGGAAGUAUAUAAUUCGAUGUUGUUUGUAAAAAAGGUAAGAAUCUAUCAAAUAUCAAAUCACUUGAACGGAGAAACGUACCUACAUUGCUUUUCCUGACCAGUGGUUGGGAAUUAAAUCCAAAUGAAACAUGUUAAUGAAAAACCAAUUCACAAAGGUGAUGUUCCUGAAAGGAAGCGCAAAACCAAAAAAAACAGAACAAAAGCAAAUAGGAAAGUGAAAAUCGAAAAGGUUUAAGGGAAGCAAAGUAAAUAAGAAAAAAUGCGGAAGAAAGGGUAUUAACUGAAAUCAAAGAACAAAAAAUAAACAAACAAGUAUAAAAAGAGAAACUCUUAGAAACUAAAUGGCUGUUUUACUAUAUAUACAUAUUUUCGGAAAGGAAAACAAAGAGAAAAAAAAACUUAUGGUUCUGGUAACAAAACAGUACAGAAGAAGUACUAAUCGAUGCAAAACAAAUCGGACGAUAGUAUUACUAUUAAUGUUAACGGUUAUUAUUACUGCUGCGCUGAUCGAAUGCUACACACUACACAACUGUUGUCACCCGUCGUGAAUGGUAUAAGAGCAAAGCGCCGAAACCACCCCCCUUUCCCUGGAAUGGAAACCCGGAAACUGUAUCAACCACCCUGUAAUUGUUAAAAAAAAAAA